CGCUGCCUCUCCUCUCUCCCCUGUUCUUCCUUCUCCUGCAUUUCCGGAGUUUCAACUAACCUAUAUCGCUGUAGACAGUUUUCUGAUUCCCGGAGAAGCUCCUGCCUUCGAAGAUGCAGAGAUUCAUCGCCAAAAGGCUCCUCUCCAGAACAAAUUCCGAUUCCUUUCUGUCUCCGGCGCGCUGCUUCUCUCAGCUUGCCCAGAAAGAGAACAAUGACGUCCUUCUCCCUAAAAUGCCUCCUUUUGAUUACUCCCCUCCGCCGUAUACCGGUCCCUCCGCUGACGAGAUCCUGGCCAAGCGAAAAGAGUUUCUCAGCCCCUCCUUGUUCCACUUCUACAAAAACCCCCUGAACAUCGUGGAUGGGAGGAUGCAGUACCUGUUCGAUGAGAACGGGCGUAGAUACCUCGACGCUUUUGGUGGAAUUGCUACAGUCUGCUGCGGGCACUGCCAUCCAGAUGUGGUGGAGUCAAUACUCAACCAAGUCAAGCGUUUACAACACUCCACUGUCCUCUACCUCAACCACGCCAUCGCUGAUUUUGCCGAGGCGCUAGCCUCAAAGAUGCCUGGCAAUCUAAAGGUGGUGUUUUUCACAAAUUCUGGAACAGAAGCGAAUGAGUUGGCAAUGAUGAUUGCAAGACUGUACACUGGGUGCAAUGACAUAAUAUCGUUGCGGAAUGCAUACCAUGGGAAUGCAGCAGGGACGAUGGGUGCCACUGCACAGUCCAUCUGGAAAUUUAAUGUCAUACAGAGUGGAGUACAUCAUGCAUUGAACCCAGAUCCAUAUAGAGGUGUAUUUGGUUCAGAUGGAGAAAAGUAUGCAAAAGAUAUCCAAGAUAUCAUCGACUUUGGAACAACUGGCCAUGUUGCUGGAUUUAUAUCUGAAGCUAUACAGGGAGUGGGUGGAAUUGUAGAAUUGGCCCCAGGUUACUUGCCUGCUGCUUAUAAAAGCAUUAAGAAAGCUGGAGGCCUUUGUAUAGCCGAUGAGGUUCAAGCAGGAUUUGCUCGUACAGGAAGUGAUUUCUGGGGAUUUGAGGCCCAGGGCGUUGUUCCUGACAUAGUGACAAUGGCAAAGGGUAUUGGGAAUGGUAUUCCUCUUGGUGCUGUGGUGACAACUCCUGAGAUUGCUGAAGUAUUGACUCGUCGAAGUUACUUCAACACAUUUGGGGGGAAUCCUGUAUGUACUGCUGCAGGGCUGGCUGUUCUAAAAGUGAUUGAGAAAGAAAAGCUUCAGGAGAAUGCGUUGGUUGUGGGGUCCUAUCUGAAACAGAGACUAAUUGAACUCAGAGAAAAAUAUGAAAUUAUUGGUGAUGUGAGGGGAAGAGGAUUGAUGCUUGGAGUUGAGCUGGUAACUGAUCGCCAAGAGAAAACUCCUGCAAAGGCUGAAACUUUACAUGUAAUGGACGAAAUGAAAGAUAUUGGAGUCUUGGUCGGAAAAGGUGGAUUCUAUGGGAAUGUUUUCAGAAUCACCCCUCCCCUGUGUUUCACAAAAGAAGACGCAGAUUUCUUUGUGGAUGCUAUGGAUUACACAAUGUCAAAGAUGUGAAACCUCCAAAUUGUAUGUAGAUAAAGAUGUCUAUUUAUCGUUCUCAAGUCGAUAAAAAUACAAAAUUAUGUAAGGUGUCAUGUCUGUUAUGAGUAAAAAAUUAUGAAAAUAUAUUAGUAGGUUUAUCUUUUAAGGAGUUGGUAGUGCCCUAAUAAAGCCAUGAGUCAACAGCUCGUUGUCUCUUGCUCAAACUCUUCUGUGGGCGUUAAUGGUUUUGAACUUUUAGACAAUUUGCUAUCAUCUUUGUCUCUUGUGGAUUAAUAAUCCCUGGCAAUCUUGGGAGUUGCUCUU